AUGGAAACUAUCAAGCACCAGGGAAUCUCUGCUUUUAACGAGAACCCAAGCGAAUAUCAGGUUUUCAGAAACGUCAAGGAUUUUGGAGCUAAGGGGGAUGGAGUUGUAGAUGAUACGGUUGCGAUUAACAAUGCAAUCGCGCUUGGAAACCGGUGUGGCGGAGUCAUUGACGCAAAUCCUUACAUUGCCGGAGGACAGUACUACAUCAACCAGAAUAACUUCUUCCGCUCUGUCAGAAAUUUCAUCAUCGAUCUUCGACAGGUACCCUCUACAAAUUCAGGAACAGGCUUGCAUUGGCAAGUUUCGCAAGCCACAUCCCUUGUCAACAUAGUUGUGGAAAUGUCGACUGCUCCUGAUACUGCCCACCAAGGUAUAUUCAUGGAGAACGGGAGCGGCGGUUUUAUGGGCGACCUGAUAUUUAAUGGAGGAAAAUUCGGGAUAUGGGUUGGAAAUCAACAGUUCACCGUUCGAAACAUCACGAUAAACAAUGCGCAAACGGCAGUCCUCCAGGUCUGGAAUUGGGGCUGGGUCUUCCAGGAUGUGUCGAUAAACAACUGCCAGGUUGGCUUCGACAUGUCAGCUGGUGGAGUGGCACAGGGUACUCAAACGGCUGGAGCGAUUGCGAUUAUCGACGCCAGCAUCACCGACACACCGGUUUUUGUGCGCACUUCUCAACCAAGCAACGACAGACUCGAUGGUUCCAUUGUAAUCAAUAACGCUGAGCUUGCCAACGUCCCUAUCGCGGUUGGAGUGGCCGGCGGCCCUACGGUGCUUGCAGGCGGAACAAUGAGGAUUGCAUCCUGGGGCCAAGGAAAUGCAUAUAAAGGAACCAACGGCACUGGCGUAUUUACUCAGGGACCCAUUGCCCCUGCUCACAAGUCACCUUCGCUAUUGGACCAUUCGGGAAGAAUAUUCGGCCGCACUCAUCCGCAAUAUGCGAAUUAUGCUCCUAGCCAGUUUGUCAGCGUCAGGGAUUAUGGGGCCAAAGGGGACGGGAUCACGGAUGACACUGAUGCGAUUAAAGCUAUAUUACGAAGGUUCGCAGGGUGCAAGAUCAUCUUCUUUGAUGCUGGCACCUACAUCGUCACCUCGACUAUUACGAUACCUGUAGGAACUCACGUCGUUGGAGAAGCAUGGUCGGUUAUUGCAGGAAAAGGGUUGAGUUUUCAAGAUCAAAGCAAGCCAAACCCGGUGGUAAGAGUAGGACAACCUUAUUCUCAAGGCGCCAUGGAAAUCACGGAUAUGCUAUUCACGACCAUCGGACCUGCCGCUGGUGCUAUUGUUGUGGAAUGGAACGUCAGGCAACCUUUUGGGCUGGCAGGCGGGGCGGGAAUGUGGGAUUCACACAUCAGGAUCGGAGGAGGUGAUAUUGACUGGUGUUAUAGCAUCCUGGAACUGCUGAUUCCGUUUUGA